GAGCCUAGAAGGGUAAGCUGGAACGCGUUUGAGGCAGAAGAGAUGCAGCCUACCAACUGAAGAGCAGGUUCCAUAAUGGGAGAAAGGGAAAUAACGAUCUUCUCUUGGAUGCUAAGAACUUGCUAGCAGAGAUUGAACAUUCUUUACUGGAUUUCCCCAACGCAUCCUCUACCAUUCAGUCCAGGCCUGAGAGAGAACCAAGAUGUCCAAAGCAGAAACGCUUCAGAGAAGCAAACCUCUCGCCCGCUUUAAGAAGGCUUCUCCCACCAACGAAGUCAGCAAAAUGACUCCCGAACAGACUGCGCGCUACUUGGCCUUUGCUGAUCCCUGCAAUCCCAAAGUGAAGGCAAUGUUGGCCGCCACACUUAUGAAGGACAGGAAGCUUGUCGGGGAGGAGGAGAAGCAGGCGGAAGAGAAUAACCUCAUUGGGAUCCUCAAGGCCGCCGAGGCUCGGAACCGCCUCCGCAACGCAAGGCUCCAGCACCAGAAUCUGAGAGCGCAAGAGAUCAAUUUCCUGGUCUCCUUCCAGAGAAACGCUAAAGGCGCUGUGAGACUGGAGGUCUUCCUUCCUCCGAGGAGGAACAUGGUAAAGUUAUCCGACUGCAUGAACACAGUCCAGAGAGGGCGGAUUGAAGAGAUCCUGGAGGAUGAAACGGGUGAGAUCUUUAUCAGGAGGCCUUGAACCCUCCAUAGAAGAAUGUAGGACAAGGGAGAGAAGACAGGGAUGGGAGCCAACCGGAGCAGAGGUCUGCCACUUAGCAAAGUUAUUCCAGUUAAAUAAACUACAUGGAUUAUUACCAAGAACUAAAA